CAACUUUGACGGGUUGCGGGCCCUUGAAAAACAUAUUCAGCUCUAAGCUUCUUGUAUAUAAUACAUAUAAAACACACAACAUGCUUCAUUUACUUGGUGUCAAUCUUCCCGACCGCAAACUUGUCAGCACAGCAUUACAAUACUUUUACGGCAUUGGUGAACCUACUGCCGUCAAAGUAUGCGAACAACUCAAGUUUUCUAAAACUCUCAAAGUGUCUGAAUUGAACGAAGUGCAAAUCAACGACUUGACCAACCAGCUGUCGUCCAUGACGAUCGAAACCGACUUGAAACGCCAAAUUCGUGAACAUGUUAUGCAUCAUCGUAAUAUCAACAACUAUAUCGGCAAACGACACGCCAUGAGCUUACCCGUCCGUGGUCAACGAACACGAAAUAACGCAAAGACCGCUAAGAAGCAGAAUGGUCGAUGGGUCCAACGACGAGGUUUCAGCAUGUGGACCGAAGCACAAGCAAGCCCAUUACAACGAUUUAUGGAUAGAUCGUUCUUUUAGAUUAUGCUCAUUAUUAAACGUCUCACUCUUCACCCUCACAAACAAGAUCUGCUUUUUCCAUAUCACGUGUAACAAAAACAAUUGCAACCAAUCCAUAAAAAAAGCUAAUGUAAAACAUAUAAUAUGCGUGUAGAUUCUCAUUGUAUACAGUAAAAAAAAAGG